AUGAUGCAAACUAUUGCUUUUCAUCCUGCCUUCUUUUCUUCUGCCCUUCUCGUUUCCUCGAGAAAAAGAAAGCUCUUUUUGGUUUCUCUUCGCUCUUCGGAGCAAGAGAAGACCGUCAAAAAACAAAAAUUGUUUUCUCCCCCUGUUGUUUGUCGUCGUGUCCGCCUUUGUGUGGCACGGCCACGUCCUUCUCGUGGGCGCCGAUUUCGCCCUUUGGGUGUUAGCCCUCGUGCUCCUCCGGCACCUGUGUGUAUUCCUGUCCCUCCUUUGACUUUUCUUGUUGCGGCUUCCCCUCGGGUGAAGAGUAAUGUCAAUCCUUUUGAAUUCGAGGAUGUGGGAACAACAUGGUAUUACUUCGAUUUAACAUGGGCUUAUGUCUAUCUCUGUCAAACUUUCCGAAUGGACAUUGGGCAAUUACAAUGUUCUAUGAGAAAAAAGUAUGGACAUUUAGUUAAAAAACUGGGCUUUUUCUAUGGACAAUAUUUAACGCCUUAUUGGAUCAAGAUGUAA